AGAGAGCCCCGGCUGAGGAGUGACCAGAGCAUCACCAGCAGAGAGUCAUCACCAUGGGGAACUGUUGUGAGUGCAUGAGGAGCUUUUUUUGCCGGCAAAAGAACACCAAUGUGCGUGUUAGUCUGCCAGCUGUCUGCUUCGUCUGGCAGAUUGCUAUGAUCGUGCUGUUUGGAGUUUUCAUCCGGUAUGAUGAGGAGUCAGACACACACUGGUCGGAGCACAAAAAGACUCACAACAUCACCAGCGACAUUGAAAAUGACUUCUACUUCAGAUAUCCCAGCUUCCAGGAUGUCCAUGUCAUGAUCUUUGUUGGAUUUGGUUUCCUCAUGACCUUCCUGAAACGCUACAGCUUUGGUGGUGUGGGCUUCAACUUCCUGAUCGCCUCCUUUGGUCUGCAGUGGGCUCUUCUCAUGCAAGGCUGGUUCCACUCCCUCGACCACACCACCGGAAAAAUCUAUAUCGGAGUUGAGAGUCUGAUCAACGCAGACUUCUGUUGUGCCGGCUCUCUGAUUGCCUACGGUGCCCUCCUGGGGAAAGUCAGCCCUGUCCAGCUGAUGGUCGUCACCUUAUUUGGCGUCACGCUGUUUGCUGUGGAAGAGUACAUCAUCCUCAGCCUCCUCCAUUGCAGAGAUGCUGGUGGCUCCAUGGUCAUUCACGCCUUUGGAGGGUACUAUGGUUUGGCUAUCUCCUGGGUCCUCUACCGACCAAACCUAAACCUAAGCAAACGCCUCAAUGGAUCUGUCUACCACUCUGAUGUGUUUGCCAUGAUUGGCACACUGUUCCUAUGGAUGUUCUGGCCCAGUUUCAACUCGGCCAUCACAGACCACGGUGACGGACAGCACAGAGCAGCCAUUAACACUUACAUUGCCCUUGCCUCCUGUGUGCUCACCAGUGUGGCCAUCUCCAGUAUGUCUCAGAAGAAAGGAAAAUUAGACAUGGUGCACAUCCAGAAUGCCACUCUGGCUGGUGGUGUUGCCAUGGGAACGGCAGCAGAGUUCAUGAUCACUCCUUACGGUUCACUCAUUGUGGGUUUCUGCAGUGGCAUCAUCUCCACCUUUGGCUACCUGUUUGUCUCGCCCUUCUUAGAGAAAUAUCUCAAGCUCCAGGAUACAUGUGGUGUCCACAACCUGCACGCUGUGCCAGGGAUGCUUGGUGGCUUCAUAGGUGCCAUCGUUGCUGCAGCAGCCACUGAAUCUGUUUAUAGUAAAGAGGGGUUGAUCAACACAUUUGACUUUGAAGGCAAGUUUGCAGACAGAUCUGUUGGAACACAGGGAGGCUUCCAGGCUGCUGGCACAUGUGUGGCAAUUGCAUUUGGACUUGUUGGAGGCGCGAUUGUUGGUUUAAUCCUGAGGUUUCCGAUCUGGGGCGACCCUGCUGAUGACAACUGCUUUGAAGAUGAAGUUUACUGGGAGGUUCCUGAGGAUGAGGAGACCAUCCCUCCUGUUUUGGAGUACAACAACCACAUGAUAAGCAAGCACCAAGACAUAUCUGAGUCCAACUUCUCUGUGGAGCAAAGUUAGAGCCACACAGCGGGAGAUCAACCCACUCGUAUUACUUUGAACAUGAUUUAGCUGUGAAACAACAGUAAUUAAUGAAGGAACCACCCUCGAAAAUGGGCAAUUCUGCAAGUGAGGAACAAUAUUUUUGGCAUGCAGGUCCUCUGCCACUCUUAUCUCACACCAAUUAAACCUGAUACAUUUGUCUGGUGUCCUUUUCUAUUACUGGAAGCUUAAGGUUACGAAGACACUGCACAAAACGGUGAACAAAUAUCUCAUUAAUGGAAA